AUGUAUGGUAGAACUGAUGAAAUGUUGAGGUGUUUACAUGUUGGAGAUUGGGCUGAGAAUUUUGGGGGAUUUUGGAGUGAAGAAGUGUUUAGGUUUGAUGUUGGGUUGGGAAUUGGGUUGUGUGAGAGUAUAGGAAAAAUGGGAACGAUAAUUUUGAUACGUGGUUCUCAUUUAUGGAUAUGGAUGUAUGAUAAAAGUGAUUUUGGAGUAUUGAGGUCUUUAAGUUUGAAGUUAGAUUGGGAAUUAGGUGGAGUGAGAGGCUGUGUUCCAUGGUUCAGAUUUGGACUUCAUCCUUCAGAUAAUAUCGAGGACUAUCGACGCCUAAUGAUUGGUGUCUGUAUGGUAUUAAUGGUGCCUAUAGUCACUCAACGUUUGACGUUGUGUCCGUUGCUACCGGUGAUUAUAGUCACACAAGAUCUGACAUUUGCAGUGUGGUUUCAAAAUCGUAGAGCAAAGUGGAGGAAAAGCGAGCGUUUGAAGGAAGAACAGAGAAAGAGGGAGGGUAACGGAGGGGGUGGCGCAUUGGAAACGACAGGUCUGGCACCACCAACGUCUUCAUCGGCAGGUCCAAGUCCCACGGGACAUGAUCCUGAAGGCACCACAAGCAGCAGCGCCCCCGACGCGGAGGACGCCGGCCCAGAUGGCGCUGGCGGUUCGAGGAGCCCCAGCACGACUUCCGCGUCGGUCAGUCCGCGGCCCCAGCAGAGUCAGCCGUCCCUGGGUGGCGUCUCGACGCCACCGCCAACCCCCAUAAGGGCGCCACCGCCACCACCUAGCACCGUGGGUGGUCUCGGCCCACCCGGCGAGAGCGUUGCAGGAUUGGCAGCGGGUUUCAGGCCAGUCGAGCCUCCCACGUCGCUCUUCUUCUCUCCGCACUUGGCAGCGCAGUUCUCUCCGCCGUUAUUCGGGAACAAGGUGGUCAGUAGCGCGCCAACGUCCCUAACCUCGACCACUCCGUCGCUGUGGACCUCGAGCGACCAUCGACCCGGAAGCUUGCAGGACAUGCUGUCCUGGUCCCCAGCCGGAUGGCCGGGGUCCUUGUGCGGCUGUUGCAAGCCGGGUACCGGCGAUCUGCACAGGAACAGCAGCCUCGCCGAGCUAAGAAGAAAGGCUCAGGAACACUCAACUGCCUCCGCGCUCCUCGGUGGACUGGCUGGUUUCCCUGGUGGUCUGCCUUUGCCGUUGCCUCUGCCACUGCUGCCACCGUUGCUGGGACUAUCCAGGAGACCGGAACACCAUCAUCAUCAUCUGCCGAGUAUGGUGCACCAGAUACAACCGACCACGAAAGAGGAUCCCUAG